AGGUGGAGGAGAGAAGGGCAGGGGAAGUUUCACUGAAAGAAGAAUGCAGGGCUUGUCCUUAACCCUGACGUCAGGGCAGUCUUUAAUAAAAACUCCAAAGAGCAGAGAAAAGACAAGUCUGUGGAACUGUCAGUGAGGGAGGCUUUUAGAAGCUAUCGGAAAAAGUGCUACAUUUUGUUUUUAAAAGGACCUCAUUCUGGGUUCGAUGCAUUUCGGUUCCAGUAAUGAGGCGGCUCCUGCCCUGGAUUCUCGUCAUACUAAUAGCAGGCAGCAUUCAUCAGGUGCGCUCCCAGAAUUUGACUGCCAUGCCACCGGCUGCUGCAGUAACAGAGCAGUUUAACCGAACAGAGUACUGCAAGUGGCCAUGCAAGUGUCCAAAGAACCCGCCGCGCUGCUCAGCAGGGGUCAGUCUGGUGAAGGACGGCUGCGACUGCUGCAAAGCCUGCGCCAGGCAGGUGGGGGAGAAAUGCAACGAGGCCGACACCUGCGACUACCACAAGGGACUGUACUGCGACUAUAGCAUGGACAAGCCUAGGUACGAAAUAGGAGUGUGUGCACAUAUGGUCGGUGUCGGGUGCGAGGAUAACGGAGUGAUUUACCGAAACGGGCAGAGCUUCCAGCCCAACUGCAAGUACAAGUGCAUGUGUGUCAACGGGGCCAUUGGGUGCGUGCCUGUGUGCAGAGACUCUCGCCCGCCCCUUGUCUGGUGUCAGAAUCCCAAGAGGGUUAAAGUCCCUGGGAAGUGCUGUGAGCAAUGGAUCUGUGACGAGUCUAAGAAAGUCAGGAAGACAUCUCCCCGACACGUCUUCUCAGACAGGGAUGAAAACGAGAUCUGGCAUAAGAACUGUGUCUCACAGACCACUCCCUGGAGCCCAUGCUCAAAAACGUGUGGAAUAGGCCUCUCGAUGAGAGUGACGAACACCAACGACCAGUGCGAGCUGGUUAAUGAAAGGCGGCUGUGCAACAUCCGACCCUGUGAAGUCGACAUCACCAGGCACAUCAAGCCUGAGAAGAAAUGUCUGAAUGUGUACAGAGAGGAUGAACCGAAGAACUUGACCAUAUCAGGGUGCGUCAGUAAAAAGACAUACAGGCCAAAGUACUGUGGGGUCUGCACAGACAACCGGUGCUGCAUUCCAUACAAGUCAAAGACUGUCGAGGUCCAGUUCGAGUGCCCCAAUGGAGCCAUGUUUUCCUGGCCAGUGAUGUGGAUCAAUGCUUGCUUUUGCAACUUGAGUUGUAAAAACCCCAAUGACAUUUUUGCAGACUUGGAGCACUAUUAUGAUCACUCUGAAAUUGGAAAUUAAGAAGAGGUUUGCAAUGUUAAACCCACCCAGCCAUCUGAUUGAAAUCCAUCAAAUUAGCCCUGCAGUAAUAAAAGAACUGGGAUACACUUACUGUAUAUAAAGUUUAAUUUAUUGUUUUCACGUUGCAGGUUAAAUCCUGGAGAGAUUUUAAAGAAACCUCUCUAUUUAAAAAAAGAAAAGGGGGGAGGAGAAAAGGGACCUGUUCCUACUUGAAGAGGUGCAUUAGUAUUUUGGAAUGAUGUUAAUGACAUUGUCCUAGGCAGGACAGAGUCUGUUAGUAACAUGUAGCAGUCCAGUCAUGGGUCCACUCGUAUUACUGAUCCUGCUACUCUCCACACUCUGAGAUGUGAAGUGUCUGCAGCAUAAACACUUCACUUUUAAUGACAGCAUGCGUCCCAACAGGUAACACCAAAAUUAUUAUUACUUGGAAAGUACAACCUGAAAGAAUUCAGGACCUCUCCAAAUCCCCAUGAGGUCUGUUCCAUUAAUCUGAACCACUAUUGUUUAAAUAAUUUAAAAGAAGGGGGCUUUGACAAAACCAGCAUCUCCAGCAGUGCCUGUGUGGUUUUCUUAACUAUGGCUUUUCAGCAUUAAAAGCAAAGUACCCUAGAAUAUCAGUUUCAGUUCCAAUGUAAUAUUUAAACACUGGUGGAAUUUAGAUCAAUAAAGAUAUUUCUUCCAUGCAUUAUUACAAGACUCACUGUGAGUGCAAUUGUAGAGAGCUGUGCGCUCAAGCCGAUUGGUUGUCUGUACAGUCUAUUGUAAUUGCAUAUACAGGUUUGUUAUAAACAAACCACUGAAGGGUUAUGGGUAUAUAGUGUUUGUCCACCAAGAGUGCCCUUUGUGCAUAGUUGGGUCUCUAGUUAGAUAAUGAUAACAUUUAACUGCUACUGUUAAUGUUUAAAUUAGGCACUGUACAGCCCAUACACAAGCACCACUUACUUCUAGGCCCAUUCACCUCUCUGAAUAUAAACAUUCUGUUGAAGCUGAAAAAGGAAUCCACAGAUAUCCCAUCUUUGCAGUCUAUUUAUCCUGUUUCUUAAAUGAGGAAUUUUGAUUGUAAAAUAUUAAAAGAAAAACAAAACCAGAAACUAAAAAAUAUGGCAACACGACUAAAGUGAGAAAAAUGAUUUGAAAAAAAAGGUUAUUCUUUGCAAUAGUGACCAAUGCUUGUAAUAGGGAAAAAAAAAAACAAAAAAAAACUGGUUAGUGCCACCCUACACAAGGAAUUUAAGGAGACAUUUCUGGGGAAACGUUUUAAUGCAACUGUGAUAUGUUCUAUGGAAAUGGUCUGUCUUUUUCUGUUUUAGCAGCUGAUUUAAUCCAUGCAUGAUCACUUGCACAAACAAUUCUCACGGUUUGGUUAAAGGCAAGAGAUUUCUGAUAACACUGGAAUAUAAAAGUACAGGAGCCAAGAGCACCCGUGAGACGGUCGUUCUUGUUUAGUCGUGUAUGCUGGGCUUAACACACAAAUCAACAGUCCUGGAAGAAACGGUAUUAGUAUGGCAAGGGUUAAAUGGACAGAGUCUCUCCCCUUGCUUAUGCAAUUUUAUAUUCAAUGAAAUAAUAACUGGCAUUUCUGUUGUGUGUCACAUUACAGUAAACCGUCUGUGUCUGUUGCACAGGCUGGUCCGUUUGUAACACACGGGACCACGUUAUCUAGGUCUUCUGGUCAAAGGGAAAUUAAUUAACAUAUCAUAGGCACACUGUUCUAGUUUACAGUAUCUCAGCUCCUACACACAUCACAGGAAAAGAAAAAUAGAAUGUUACCAUAUUUAUUUAGAUUUAAUUUGUCAUCAGCAUGUAUGGACCAAUUUGUUUUAAAGUACAGAUUCCAGCUUUUCUUUUAUAAUUGCUUUUACUAAAAAUAAGAAAGUAAUAUAAUAGUUGGAAUCCAGCUGUUCUGUCAGAGUUGAAGUUAAAUUUAAAGUUUCAUCAAUGCCACCUCUGCAUUGGGAUCCACACAUAUUUGUACAUGCUUGUUUGACAUUUCUUUAAACAAAUCACUGCCCUAUAAUACAUUUUUUCUGUAUAAACACAAACAGUCAGUUUUGACAUACACAAUGUCUCUUUGGAGAAUAUAGUAAAGAUCCAGUUCUGAAGACACCUGUCUAUUGAUUAAUUUCCACUGUCUCGGACAGCACCUGUAAAAUUGUUGUUUUAGCUCAUAUAUAUUUAAGGCAUAAUUAUUCAUGAAAACAAUAGUCAAUCUGUGUACUCAGAAAAAAGCCAAAAUAGAUUUUUACUGUUAAACUUUGACACAAUGUUUUCAUCCUCCCAGAAAACAGAAGUGUUUAAAGUUCUGGUUUUAAUUACACUAUCUUACUUCAUAAUAAGCACCACAUACUUAACUAUGGUCGAAGAUUUAUUUAUUUUACUCCAAAUCAGGGAAAAGUAUAAUGAAUUCUAUAUAAAAAUCAAUAUAAUAAAUGACCAUUUGAAAUGAAGUCGCUCAUUCUUGUUUGCAUUAUUCCCUAGGCUUCAAGGAUUGGGAUAUUCCAUACGUUCACCUCCCUGCAAUGCUAGUUUCAUUACAGUUGAAUUAUGUCCUUCUAUUGUCUGAUCAGGGCUUUUUUUUUAAACGAGUCAGCUUGACCUCAUUCAAGAAAGAUUUUGGAUGAGCAUUUUUAAAUACUGCAUUAACAGAAACUUUUAAAAUCAGGACUGCUUGUUUGGAAACAACAAUAUAAAAAAUGAGCUGAACCCUGAAAUCAACAAUUUUCAUUAUAACACAAAAAAAGUA